AUGUCGACAGCAAACGCCCCCGUGACUCCUGUGACCAACGGCGCCGUACCAGCUCUCGCUGGAAACCAUGCAAACCAUGCUCACGAUGCGUCCGCGUCCGCAAGUGCCCACCAUGCCUCCCACGCCCACGACACCCGACCGGCCCCGGCGCCGCCCGCAGCCGCCGUGGCCAAGCGGAACAAGCAGAAGAAGGCGCUGGACUCUAACGAAGCCUCCAAGUUGGUGGCUCAGAGAAUAUCCCAGCUGGAGCUCGAUGCUGCUGGAGAGAAGGAUCAGGAAGCCGAAAUAGAGCGAGAGGUCAAGAAGGCGAAUCGCGAGCUGAACCACCAGACGGCCAAAAUGGACAACUUGCAAAAGAUUGAUCAUCUUUCCAAGCGCUGCUCCGACUUGCUAGCGGAAAUGAAACGACACGAGCGCGAGAGCUUGAAGCACAAGCGGCGUGGCGAUCAACUUCAAAAGGAGAAGGAUCAGAGCCGGUCCGAGCUGAGCAAAACGGUCGGCCUUAAGGAGAAGCUCGAGAAGCUCUGCCGUGAACUUCAAAAGGAGAACAACAAGCUCAAGAAUGAAAACAAGACUCUGCGCGACAACCAAGUACGGAACCAAAACUCGUGGGAUGAGAAAUAUGCCACCUUGUUACAAAAGCUCGACGACUGCCAAGAAGAGAAAGACAACCCGCGAAAGCAGGUUGUGAAUAUGGAGGUCGACGAACUCUUCCGUGCGCGGUUCAAGUCUUUCAUCGAGCAAUACGAGCUCCGGGAGCUUCACUUCCAUUCGCUGAUGCGGACGAAGGAGCUGGAGGUGCAGCACAACCUGGCGCGGUUCGAGCGCGAGAAGAAAAAGGCCGACACCGAGAUUGCUCGCUCACGGCAGCUCAACGAGCAAGUGCAGACCUUUUCCAAGACCGAGACUGAACUGCGGAACCAGCUCAAUGUCUACGUCGAUAAAUUCAAGCAGGUGGAGGACACGUUGAACAAUAGCAAUGAUCUGUUUCUUACCUUCCGGAAGGAGAUGGAGGACAUGUCUAAGAAGACCAAGAGGUUGGAGAAGGAAAACGACGGCCUCAAGAGGAAGCAUGAAGCCAUGAACCAGAACAUCCUGAGGAUGGCCGAAGAGCGGACCAAGAACCUGAAGGAAAUCGACGACCACAAGAAGAAGGAGGACAAGCUGAAGAGCAUCAUCACGCAGAUGCAGCAGCAGGGGCGGGGCAUUGCCCAAGGCAUGACGGGCACGGUGGAGAGCGUUUAUGCAGACGGCGAGGGCGAGGUGGAGGGUGAAGAGAGCGAGUAUGAUUAUGAGGACGAGGAGGACCUCAGCGACCAAGGAGUGGAAGACGAGGGCGACUACGACGACGAUCUUACGGAAGAGGAGGCCCAACCUGAACCUCACCCACAACCCUUUGGUCCAGAGCGCCCGCCGGCGGUGACGACGAACGGUCACUAG